AUGCAAUCCUCAAAGCUUCUAGUCGGCCUCUGCCUUCUCACCAGAUUGUUUGCGCAAUCUCUGCCAGAGGUAGAUCUUGGUUAUGAGAUACACCGGGCUCUAGAGUAUGACGACGUCGACGAGACUUAUCUGUUCAAGAAUGUGAGAUAUGCUCAAGCACCUGUUGGCGAUCUCCGGUUUGCAGCCCCUGUGCCUCCUAGAGGGCGCAAUACCGAUGUGCAGACUGGGGCCAAACCGGUGAUAUGCCCCCAAGGCGUCCCGGCAUGGAAUCUAGUCCAGACACAAUGGCUUUCAUGGUACCUCGCUGGGAAUGCAUCCUUGUUCAAUUUCACCCAAGCAGAGAUCACCUCACAGGCCAUUGUUGCUGCCCGAGGCGGUGUGGUUGCCAAUAACACCGUUGCAUCUGAGGAUUGUCUUGUUCUCGACGUCAUGGUGGACCGGGACGUGUUUGAGAAUGCGGCCAACGUGACGAGCGGCAAAAGUGCCGGUGUUCCUGUGGUCCUAUGGAUCCAUGGAGGAGGAUAUGUCUUCGGCUACAAAGAUUCUUCUGGGACGGGCGCCGGCCUUCUUCGUGCUGCCCGGUCUGAUGGACGUCGACUGAUCUUCGUUCCCAUCAACUAUCGCCUAGGUGCUUUCGGAUUCUCUUCAGGACCAACGUUCCAGGCUGCAGGAGGUGUUGCUAACGCGGGGCUUUACGAUCAACGACGAGCCAUUGAAUGGGUGGCUGAGAACAUUCACCUUUUCGGUGGUGACAAGAAUCAAAUCACAAUCCUAGGAGAGUCUGCGGGAGGGGGCUCGGUUGCUCACCAGUUGGCCGCCUUUGGUGGUCAGAAUCCCGCUCCUAUCAAGCGUGCUAUUGCCCAAUCGCCGGGUUAUCAUGCAGUGCCUUCUUUCUCUACUCAGGAAGGCGUCUGGGAAUCCUUCUUGUCCUAUUUGAACGUGGGCACCUUUGAGGAAGCCCGAGCCGCGUCUUCUGAGGCCAUCAUCGCUGCUAAUGAAGCACAAGUGGCAGACUCCGGUUGGUCAAAAUAUACCUAUAACCCGGUCGUGGACGGGAUCUUCGCGCCAAACCUGCCUGCGAGAGCAUUCGCCAUAGGUGCAUACAACAAGAAUGUGACUGUUCUAGCGGGUCACAAUACCAGAGAAGGCGUCUAUUUCACCAUUCCCACCAUCGAGACUGACGACGAUCUCGGUGCCUGGCUGAAGACUUUGUUUCAUACCAUUACCGACGAGACAUUGGCAGAUCUCUAUGCCAACGUGUACCCGGCCAAGUACGAUGGAAGCCUCCCAUAUACCAAUGGCCUCGACCGCGCCGUCCUUGUUUCUGCCGAGUACAUCUUCCACUCCAAUAAGAACUUCCUGGCACAAGCUUACAGUGAUAAGUAUUACAGCUACAUGUUCCAGGUUGAGCCCGGACUACACGGUUCAGACGUGCUGUACACUUUUUAUGACGGCACAGAUGGCAGGAACACGACGCCGUUGGUUGACAACGUCGCGUUGAUGCUUCAGUCGUACAUCGCAAACUUCGUCACCUCAGGUGAUCCAAAUGGUAAUGGUAACGUACCAUUCUUCCCUGCCCAUGGCACUAACGGGAGCAUGAAUGGACUGAAUGUGACGGGCGUCACUAUCGAGACGGACCCAACGGACAACAACAGAACCAGAUGGUGGGGGAAGGCAUUGUAUGUCUAA